CGCGUGCGCGCGCGCGUCUGUUUUCAUCACCGGGAGAAGAUGCCGUGCUCGUGCGGGAACUGGCGGCGGUGGAUCCGGCCGCUCGUCGUGCUCGUGUACGCGCUGCUCGUGGCCGUGGCGCUGCCGCUGGGCGCGUGGGAGCUCCACCGGGCCGAGGUUGGCACACACACCAAGGCGUGGUUCAUCGCGGGCGUGUUUGUGUUUAUGACCAUCCCUAUCUCCUUAUGGGGAAUUCUCCAACACCUGGUGCACUACACACAACCUGAACUACAGAAACCCAUCAUCAGAAUAUUAUGGAUGGUUCCGAUCUACAGUUUAGACAGUUGGAUUGCACUGAAGUAUCCCAGUAUAGCUAUCUAUGUGGACACGUGUCGGGAAUGCUACGAGGCGUACGUCAUCUACAACUUCCUGAUGUUCCUGCUGAACUUCCUGGAGACGCAGUACCCCAGCCUCCCGCUGAUCCUGGAGGUGCAGGAGCAGCGCUCACUACUGCCCCCCUUCUGCUGCUGCCCGCCAUGGGCCAUGGGAGAGGUUCUUCUGUUCAGAUGUAAACUGGGUGUUCUGCAGUACACCGCUGUCAGACCUGUAACUACAGUCGUAGCUCUGGUUUGUCAGCUCUGUGGGGUUUAUGAUGAGGGAAACUUCAGCUUCAGAAACGCCUGGACGUACCUCGUCAUCAUCAACAAUGCCUCUCAGCUGUUUGCUAUGUACUGUUUGCUGCUGUUCUACCGAACCCUGAGAGAAGAGCUCAGCCCGCUGAGGCCUGUGGGGAAAUUCCUGUGUGUGAAAAUGGUGGUGUUCGCCUCCUUCUGGCAGGCUGUUCUCAUUGCCCUUCUGGUGAAGGUUGGAGUGAUCUCAGAGAAGCACACCUGGGAGUGGGAGAGUGUGGAGGCUGUAGCUACAGGAUUACAGGACUUUGUAAUCUGUAUAGAGAUGUUUUUAGCAGCGAUCGCGCAUCACUACAGCUUCAGCUAUCGUCCGUAUGUACGAGAGGAUGAGGAGGGCUCCUGCUUUGACUCCUUCCUCGCCAUGCUGGACGUGUCUGAUAUACGAGCUGAUAUCUCAGAGCAGGUCCGCAAUAUGGGACGGACGGUGCUGGGACGUCCCCGGAAGCUGUUCUUUGGUUCUGAAGCCGAUAUCGUUCAGGGGGAACACACGGGCCUCCUCUCAGGGACGUCCCACGAGCGUCUGGGCGUGGACCCCCUCUCUGUCCCAGCGUCUCCUCAGGGUCAGUAUCAGGGACUGGGCCAAACGGACACGCCCCGCUCACGCUCCGCCCCUUCCGGCUUUAACCCCGCCUCCUGGAAGAGUGACACUUGUCCAGUACCUGUGCCCACCAAUCAGAACUCAGGAGUGAAGUCAUAAUCCACAGGUUAUAAACGCAACUCUUAGGGUCCUUAAAAACUGGAAAUAUUAAAGGAUGAAUAAGAACGGUUCUGUUCUUACUAUAGAGUGGCUUGAAAAAGUAUUCACACCCCUUUUUUUUAGUGACAGACAAACACAGAAUACCACAUAAUUUACUCUGAAACCCCUAAAUAGAAUCCAGUGCAAUCAAUUAAUCAUCACCUUUACGUAUGUUUAAUUUUGUGAUUAAAAUGGACGAGUGGGUAUGAAUACUUUUGCAAACCACUGUAUGUUUUGUUUCUUGUUUACGUUUUAUGUAAUUUUUAUACAUGAUCAAGCAUAAUAUCAUGAUCACCUCCUUUUUUUUACACUCAUUUUCCAUUUUAUCAGCUGCACAUAUAUGCUGAUAAUAUAUUUCACUCUGUGGUUCUUUAAUAUAAUUACAGACUGCAGUUGUGUUUCUGUUUCUCUGUAAACUUUAUUCCACAAGAAAUGAGCCGUUUAUUAUGGAAUAUAAUCAAGAGGAAGAUGGAUGAUCACAAACCAUCAAACCACUAAACUGAACUGCUUGAAUUUUUGCACCAGGAGUAAAGCAGCAUAAAGUUAUCCAAAAGCAGUGUGUAAGACUGGUGGAGGAGGAGAACAUGAUGUUAUGGUUGAUCAGUGUAUCUGCGUUGGCUGUAAAAUCAGUUCAGUAUUAUGUAAAACUGUUUGCUUAGUAAAACUAAAUGUUUUAGUGUCAGUAAUGCAGUAUAACGGGUAAACUGAGAGCUGUUUUGUGAAAUGGCAGGAUCUGGUUUGUAUUUAUGACUAAAGCUUUGAUAAAUUAUUUAUUAUGAUAUUUUAAAAGGUGUGUGUGUGUGUGUGUGUGUGUGUGUAUGAAUGUAUGUGUAUCCUAACUCACUGAAUAGAGUUUAUUGGUAUAACACUGAUAUUGUAAUCCUCCUGCAGAUUACUGAUUAUUAAUUACUAAUUACUAAUCUGAAAUUAUGAGCAUUAUACAAUCUUUAUUACAGAGAAACAUUCAGUAUUCAGUACUAUAUACUAUAUUCAAUAUUGUUCUACUCUACCCUAUUUUAUAUUCACCAAUGAUACAUGGCUGUGUAACACACAGAAAAAGAGCAUAUUUAUUCUGAUUAAAUAGUGAUUACAUUA